AUGCAGUUCUCACAAAUUGCCAUUGUCGCUCUUGCGACUGUCGCCCAAGCUGUCGAUGUUCAAGUCGUCGCUGUAGGUCGUAACGGCGCAACAAACGCAACAGGUCUCAGAUUCUGGCCCGAGAAGAUCACAGCCGAACCAGGAACCAUGGUGCAGUUCCAGUUCUGGACAGGAAACCACACAGUCACACAAUCUACUUUUGACGACCCUUGCAUGCCAAUUGGAAAUGUCAACCCCAGCGUUGAAGGUGUCUACUCUGGCUACAUGCCUGUCGCGGCUAGCAUGUCCAAGGGCAUGAUUCCUACUUACACAAUCACCAUCAAGGACAAGAAGCCCAUGUGGCUCUUCUGCAGCAAGGCUCAGCACUGCCAGGGCGGCAUGUCUAUGGUCAUCAACGAAGACUCAUCUUCCAACUCAACAAAGACCCUCACCGGCUACAAGGAGAAGUGCAAGGGCACCACAGUAUCCGAAGUCGUUCCUGUCAAGUCUGGCGGUGCUCCUUCUGGUGGCUCUGGUGGCAACGGUACUAUCCCUGGCUCCGGCUCCGGCUCCGGCUCCGGCUCUGGCGGUGGCAGCUCCGGUGGCGAUAGCUCUGGCGAUGACAGCUCCGAUGGCGGUAGCAGCUCUGGAGGUGACUCUUCUUCCGAUGAUGGCAGUAGCUCCGAUGAUGACUCUUCUUCUGACGAUGGCUCAGAUGACGGCUCCGAAGACGGCUCCGGAAGCGGCAGCGGCUCUGGUACACCUACCAGCGGCUCGCCCUUGACACCUGGAUCUGCAGGAACACCAACAGCCGGCACACCCGUUGUCACAGCCGGUGCUGCAGACCUCUCCGCACCUUUGUCGAUGCUAGUAGCAGUCGGUGCUGCCGCCCUCUGCGUGCUGUAA